ACUAGCUGAGCUCGAAACGCUGAGUGAUGGAGUAUAGUUGUUGGUAUUGAAGCAAUUUAUUUGUGUCAACAUGCGUUAAACAGUUGCAGUGCAAAGUGUUUCACAUUUUUAUACUAAUAAAGCCGAAGGUGCUUAUUCUGGAUGCAUAAAUUCAAGACCUUUGGAAAAAAAGGACAUGUUCAGUCUUGUUGGAUUUGCAAUCAUUGUCGUCAGAUGGGUUAAUUAACCCCUCCAUGGGUGUUACAAACCUGUAUUGUUGAAAUUGUUGAAUCCGAAAUUAGGUAUAUCGGCGUACAAUUAUUUUCAUUAUAGCGACACACUGUAUGUAAAUAAAUACAUUCUUGUCUGAUAAUUUAUGGAAUUGCACGUAAUUGUUUACAUCAAAGUUAGCCGGUGCAGUUUAAAAAAACAUCCAUUUCAUGCAUGAUUAAUAUGUAAUUGACGAAUGGAUAUCAAUUAUUUUAGAACUAUACAAAGUUUUAUAAAGUGUUAGAAGAUAUAAUAUAUAUCCUAGAUAAAUUUACUCCGAAAUAUAAAUGAAAGAUAUGAAAUAAAGGGAAUCAGAUAUCCGCAAAUUCAUAUUUGCGUUUAUACCACCACGAGGAUGUUUAAUAAGGCAAUAUCAGCAUUUUUAUGAUUGCAAUAAUUCAUUUAUUCUGUUUCCAUUUUUUGUAAUUCAAACAUGUUUUCGGUGAUAUUAAAUCUUCGAAAAAUUUUAGAAGAUGCUACAGUUGAUUACAUCGACGUGGAUUUCACCCUUUGGUUAUCAUGGCUUUUAAUGCCAUUGUUAAUAACAUUCUUACUUCCACUUUUAAUUGUGGUAUUGUUGUACUUAACUGCAUUAAUAUUAUAUGUAUAUAAGUUACACAGAGCUAGACUAAGAAAUGCAUAUGGAACUGAUUGGAGGAAUGCAGCUCGCAAUGUAGUAGCUGCUGUGUGGGAUGCACAUGGGUGGAUUUGGUAUGGAUAUGAAGUAGUUGGACUAGAAAAUAUACCAGAAAAUGAACCGGUACUCUUUGUGUAUUAUCAUGGAGCUAUUCCCAUAGAUCUUUAUUAUUUUAUAUCUAAAGUAUUACUUCUGCAUUCAAAAUUGAUUCAUACAGUAGCAGAUAGAUUUCUCUUUAAAUGUCCUGGAUGGUCUAUAAUUUCUGAUGUAUUAAAUGUCAUACCUGGUACUGUACAAACAUGUUCUACUAUUUUAAAAGAUGGAAACAUGCUUGCUAUUUCACCUGGUGGUGUCUAUGAAGCUCAAUUUGGAGAUUCUUAUUAUCAAUUAUUGUGGAAAAAAAGAGUAGGUUUUGCAAAGGCUGCAUUGGAUGCUAAAGUGUGCAUAAUACCUUUGUUUACAAAAAAUGUUAGAGAAGCAUUUAGAACAGUAAGUUGGGGUAGAAGAAUAUGGUUGAGAAUAUAUGCUGCAACUAGAUUUCCUUUUGUACCUAUUUAUGGAGGGUUUCCAGUAAAGUUAACAACAUAUGUUGGUAAACCAAUUCCGUAUGACGGAAAUCUUACUCCUGAAGAGUUACAGGCAAAGGUUGCAGAUGCACUCAGAGAUUUAAUAAAUCAGCACCAGAGAAUACCCGGAAGUAUAUCAUCAGCUUUAUUGGAAAGAAUAUAUGAUAUGGACAGAAAAAAAUCAUAACUUCCAACAUUUAUUUUGAAUGUUACAAAAACUUAAAUGUUGGUAUAUUUCCAAAAUUUAUACUUUAAUAUAUGCUACUCAUUGUUUUAUACUAAUACGUCUGUUACCAGCACUCAGUUAGAAAUGCGUCCACAAUGGAGUAUUCUUUUAACAAAAUAAAAUAUUAUAACUUAAAACUAUGCACGCCAUUUAUAUAUUAUACUAUUUUUUAGAUUAUAUGACAGUCUAUGUUUUAAUGUGACACUGGUAACGAACGUGUUAAACACUAAUGAGGUGGUAUUGAAUUAAAACGAGGGUAGUAUAAAGAAGAAAACAUUAUUAUUUGCUCUUUAAGUAUUAUGAAUUAUUUAAUUACUUAAUUAAUUUGUUACGUCGAUUUUUGAUGAGUUUUAUCUUAAUUUACUGAUACUACAAGAUAGUGAAUUAAUAGAUCUGUUCCAAUUUUGAUAUAUUUUUUUUUAUAUGAAUCUUAUUGAAUAAUAUAUACAUUUUCAUAUUUAUAUCUUUAUAUAAAUGGUUUAUCUUGUAAGCAUUAUAGGUCUUAACACAUUACCUACAGCCCACAAAUAAAACAGAUUAGUACCUCUACUAGGAGGCUUUUGGUAGGUAAAGCGUUAACAUGAAAUAUUGUUAAUGUAAGUCAUUUGUAAAUACGUUUUACGGUGUAAGUUUUUAUGGUACUAUUGUGAUUUAUCAGUAAUUCCAUGUAUUAUUUUACUUAGUAAUUGUAUGUGCAAGCAGUAAUCAAAUUUGAAAAUCUAUACUUGU